AUGAACAUAACAGGACUCGUGAAGUACGUUGGAAAGCUUGGCGGUGGCAGAAACAAUGGCAGCAUGUUUGUCGGCCUCAAACUUGAUCAGCCAGGUAUUGAUUCACAUCAAAAUUUUGUACGUAGACCACGUUGUCUAAAACAAGUCACACGUUUCAUCGCGCGUGGCGCAGGCUGUUUCCAAAUACAUCGGUUUUUGACUGGUUCUCUUAACUGUCUUUGUCUGCUCUAAUUGUUCAAAGCAAUUGUAUGAUUGUAUUUUGAUUUUGGUAUUUAAACGCUUAUUUGAAAAAAUCUUGGUGGGUGUGGUGUAGAACAAAAACACUGCAGACCUUGUAUAUACAGCAUCGCCAUGUCAUACAGAAAGUAUUGUGCCAUAUACGUUUCGAUUUGAUUUUUAACGUAACCGUUCUUAAACAUUUGCGUUAUCGUUAUCGGUAACAUUAUAGCUUCAUCUUUUUGUUUUCUUUUGCCACGUUCACACUACACCGGAUUAAUUUAUGUCCCGGUACGCAGUAGAUACGGUAUAAUAUCAACAGGCACGAUAUGAACGCUUUAAAACCGGUACGGUACCAAGUUUGGCACUCUUAUGAACGUCACUUCGCCUGGAAACUUACGCAUAAAAUCAUGCCGAAAUAGCAUUCAACGGUGAACUAAAGGCCCACCCCGUAUGGUUUUCCAUGUGUAUGGCACGAAAGCUGUGCGGUAUGGUGAGCAUAGUCAAAAUAUACACGAAAGUACGUUGUAUUCUGUUUCUCUUGUCGCAAUCAAGUUAGCCUGCGUAGCAGACGCUUGGAAGUAGGGAGCUUUAGCAACGACAAUGGCGACGGCAAAGAGGACGUCAAAAAAGCAAGAGGUUUAUUACGCAAAACAACAACUUUGCACGUGCAUCACGUUUUUUGUACAUUUCUUUGCCGUCCUUGCACGACUACGACAUGAAAAUGCCUAAUUGCAAGUUUUAUGGAGGACGUAAACAAGCGACGACGAAUCUCUUAUUCUCUCUCUAAACUUGAGUGCGGUCCUGAAGAAAUCAACUCCAGGGAAAUUCGCCUACACUUGCCAUUUUCAGCAAAUUGGAAUAAACGCAACAAAGAUUGAAAAACGGGAAUUCAUUUUAAAACUGACGUUUUCGCUGCAGUUUCCGUCGUAAAUGCUAAAGCUCCCUAGUAGUGGGCGAAAGAGAGAACGGGCGCGCGAGGGAGACACGCGUGUCUCCUUCUCGCGCGCCCGUUUUUUCUUGUGCCCACCACUUCCAAGGGCCUGCUAUGCCCACUACUUCCAAGCGCCCGCCCGCUACGCAGGCUAGGCAGGCUACAAACAAGUGGAAUCUUAUUUAUUUAUCUUAAGCUUAUUAAUGGCUUUGUUUGUUUGUUUAGUUGGUAACACUGAUGGGCGUCUAGGUGGCAAACAGUAUUUCCAGUGUCCUCCCAAGCAUGGAAAACUUGUAAAAAUGUCUGACAUACAUGCUGUUAUGAAUCCUAGGGUAAGUAACCUAACAAUGUAACAACAAGAGAGUAACAACAAUGGGACAGAGAGGGAAUCUUAGGGCGUUGGCCGCGAUAUGUGGAUUUCACUUCAGUUAUUUUUAGAGGUUGUAAUUAACGGAAGUCUAAUUUCUGAGACGUCCGCACAUUUUAAUCAAGUCCUCAAAGCGAAAAAUAACCUGAGAUCAGGCCCAAUUUGAGCGGUUCUCAUACAUUCUCUCUAACGGCUAGCGCUGAAAUUGGCUCUUUUCGUUUCGCCACGCCCGCCGGAAUGUUAUUUACAAAGCGCGAAACGAAAAUAGAGCCUGAUCUCAGGUUAAGGAAAAAAUUGAAAAUAUUUGUAAUGGCAACUGUUGAAUUAUCUGUUGACAACACGGAAUAAAAGUUGAUGGACCUCUCCGGAAACCAACUUCCGAUUAAUUCAAGCGUUUACUUGGUCUAACAAUAACUUUGGUGAAAUUCACAUAUCCCAAGGGCUAGACUGAGCGUCUGCCUCCUCUGUCUUAUUAUUCUUUCAUGGUAACAAGUAAUAAGUGGAACCGAGGGUUACAGUCUUGUAAGACCCCGUUAUCAACAAAAAUACUUGAUUGCCAUGAAAUAUGAAUAGAAGAAGAAAAGAAGGCCUCGGCAUAUAUACAAGGACAGCUCAACGUUGUAAGAGCUAAUUAACAUGAGCAAUUUGUGCAAUUUUCAGCUCUUUGCAUGCAGUAUCAGGGUAAAUACCCACCAUCAAAAACUGUAAUUGAUACGUGGCAAAAACUUUAAUUAGCCGUAUGUUAUUUGUAACAUUCUAGUUGAUUGAAAGAGAAUUUAUCCGCAACUUUUGGGUAUAUAGGGCUCACAUUUCUGCGAUUACUACUUAUUGCUAUAUGUAUGCGCUGUCAAUAUAAUGCCACUAAAGAUGUUAUCUUGAUUUCAUAGCUUGAUCAUAGCCUGAUGAGAAUGUUAACGGGGCAAAAAAUCUAAACAAAGAUUGGUCUAUAUAGACGGUGUACUUUUACUUCCUUCGCAAAUCGUUCAUGGUGCUCUUAACUAACAAGUCUGCAUGUACCUUUUUUUCCAGACUCGAAAUUUCAGUCGAAUCAGACCCAUGACAUUCGACUAG